ACCUUUCAGCCAAUCGUACUUAGCGAAGAAUGCUCGUUUCUAAUUAAUAUUCAUGAGCCCUGUCGUCACCAUAGUUGAAUUCUCGAAUUCUCUGCCUGUCUGACACACCCCCUCCGCAACACACUGUCCGUGCGUUCGAUCACGUCGUUAGAUACAACGCCGCAAUAGCGCUUCUGAGUAAAACAGACUUUGGUUUUUAUAAACGCUUGGAAAACAUUUAUAUACCUGUAUAUCUGCUCUCCGGUAUUCAUUCUGUAAAGCUAAAAGAGGGAUUCAUGUGAGAAACAAGAGCAUAUGCAUAUACAAUAAAAUAACAUUUUAAAUGCUUCAAACCUCAUAUUACAAAACAAUUUACCAAAACUAUAACACUAUAACUUUUUUAACCUCCCUCAGACCUGCUUCAGACGCAUAUCUUACAAGUGCCUACAUGCGCCUCGUCUUUUUUCCACUACGUCAUCCUCUCAGACGGUUGUCAUGACAACAGGAAUCCAAACAUCCGUUACUUCACACAAAAUACAGUUUUAUGCAUUCAAACUUUUUUAAGUGUCCACUAACAGUACAUUUAGGAUUUCAGAGUUGUAAAAACAACGUAAGUUGGAAUUAAAUUGUAGUUGUUGUUGAAGCUGUCCGGAAUGAACAUCACCGAAGCCUGUGCAUCAGACGAAACUGAUGCAGAGAAACAACAUGCGGCUAUUGACAGCGCUAAGGGGAACACAGAGUCUUCGUGCAGACAGUAUGUCAAUGAGUUGUUGGAUCUCAGUGAAGAGGAUUAUUGCAGGGAGCACAACAUGCAUUUGUUUCAGAGCCGCACUGGCUGGGAAGACGCGGUUGAAGGUUGGAGUAGAUUGCCCCCUUUUGCUGUAUUACUUCAACUGCAAAGGAAGGGGAAAAACAAGCAAGACAUCAUAGACUCUCACUGUCUCUUGUGUGCAGACCUUAAACUUUCUGAUCUUCCCAAUUAUUACCCUGCUGGAAAUGCUCUGAAAACUUUUAGAAAGACUGCCCCAACACUUCAGGAUCUUGCAGAGGAAACUCAAAAUACCGUUCAUCCCCCUACCUCCUCAGAUGAACUAUACUCUUUCAGCCUAUCUCUGCAAAAUAUGUCCGGGCCAUUCAUCAACAAAUUGCUUUCUGGAGAUGAACAGUGUAAACAAAACAAAUUACCAUCAGUCUUCCAUUACCAUCCCAAACCAUGUCACAUGCUAAAGGAAAAGAGAGUUGCUUUUAGCAUCAGAAGCGUUAAUGUGUUGCCACCUGUCCGAGAGUCGAGAAACCUAAGGAGCAACAGUGUUUUUAAAAGAGCGCAGUCAACAGACUGGUACCAAGCAGAAGUCACCAAGCCCAUGAUGCCCAGGUCCACUGAAGCCGUCACCGCUUCUGACACAGGAAAUGCCGUUGAGGUCCUCACAAACUUUAUCACAGGAGAGAACAGCUACAGGUUUAAGGGAUCUCCCAACACAAAACAUUGGCUAUCCCAGGACAGCACUCAAGAGCUACCAACUUUUAACAUCACUUUUCAAAAUAAGUAUGAAUUACCUUCCAGCACUGUGGGCCGAAACCUCAGGCAGGAAGAAUUGACAAGGCCUUCCACCAGAAACAACACCAGAUUGCAUUCUGGCCACAAAACAAGAGAUCUGAAAAGACCUGAAGCUCAUCGACUAAUGCUGAUUGGAACUACAGUUCGCAUGCCUGUGUGAAUAUUACUAAUGGAGUACAGAUAAAUAAGACUGUACUAUAUGUGUGCUAAAUGAAGAUGAUUAUGCAACAUAAAGAGAUUUCCAAGUAUGCUUAUUCUUUUUUUUUUUUUUUUUUGAGACUGCAGGAUACUUUUACUACAUUCAACUACAGAACCAUGCCAUUAAAAAAAAAAUUGAGAUUCUGAUCAGAGAAAAUUAUUAGAUUCUCUAACAGCUUAAUACGGGUGUGCAAACUAGUAAAGUCUCUUCUGUCCUUAUACAGCUGAAUAGUACUUUAUAUCCCGUGCC